UCGACGAUCUCGCGUUCUCGAUCCGAGGAAACAGCUAUUUUGUUAUUUGUUGCAAGUUAGUCGAAACAGUUAUCAUUGGUGGAUAUGUGUCAGAUUCGAGUGGCGUUAGUCACGACGAUGUUGCUGGCAAUAGUCGAGAUCUCGAUAGCCGACACGAUAAGCCGACAGUCCUUAGAGUGUAAAAACAUCGCCAGGGAUGCGAUUAUGAAUAGCUGCAAGGGAGAAAGGAUAAAACGAUCCACGGGAAAUGUCCAGCUAUUACUUCGUUAUCUAAAUGAUGAGAAUGCCGAAGAUUCACGGCGUCCAGAAGAUUUCCUCGGCUUCAGCUUAAACUCCGACGAAUUGGAAGAACUUCUGGACGAGGUCGGCUACAGAAUGCCCAGAAGUUCGAAGGAUCUGAGCAGGAAGAUCUUCCAAAGCGUUGCCAUGAAAUGCUGCCCGAAUCCGAAAUUAUGCUACGAUAAUCCAGGAAUAAUUCCUUGCAUGGGAUAUUAACGACAACAUUGCGGUUCAUUAUCCAAAUUUUUUUUUAGAGUUUAGUAAUGAAUCGCGAGAUUAUCAUUGAUACGCCAUGCGAGG